UUGCAUCGAAACAUGCGGAACCCACGAACGAGGCCGCCAAGGACAGAGACGCACACUUAGCAACAGACGACAAAGUGGUUGCCAUAGCGGACGGUACCACCGACUGCCUAGAAGACGCGAUUGGAGAGACCUGGCUGAGAGUACUGAGUGCUGAGUUUGAGAAGAGUUAUUUCAAAACC